GUAAUAAGAUCCCAGCAAGACUAGUCAAAGAUCUACUUCUCCUCUAUUUCCACUGUCUCUCUCUUCCAUUCUUGAUUAUAGACAGGGUUUUUUUUUCUUCUGGUAAAUUAAUAAAUGGCGAGUAGUGGAUAUGGAGAUGCGAGUCAAAAGGUAGAUUAUGUGUUUAAGGUUGUGUUAAUUGGUGAUUCAGCUGUAGGCAAGUCUCAAAUACUAGCUCGAUUUUCUCGUAAUGAAUUUAGUCUUGAUUCUAAGGCUACUAUUGGUGUUGAAUUCCAGACAAGAACACUUGUUAUACAACAUAAGUCUGUUAAAGCUCAGAUCUGGGAUACUGCUGGUCAAGAACGAUAUAGAGCUGUCACAAGUGCAUACUACAGAGGAGCUGUGGGAGCUAUGUUGGUUUAUGACAUAACGAAACGCCAAACAUUUGAUCACAUACCCCGGUGGCUGGAAGAGUUGCGUGCACAUGCCGAUAGGAAUAUCGUGAUCAUUCUGAUCGGAAACAAAACAGAUCUCGAAGACCAACGAGCUGUCCCUACCGAGGAUGCUAAAGAAUUUGCCCAGAAGGAAGGAUUAUUCUUCUUAGAGACUUCUGCAUUGGAAGCGACAAAUGUGGAGGAUGCAUUCUCGACUGUGUUGACAGAGAUAUUCAACAUCGUAAACAAGAAGAAUCUUGCUGCAGAUGAGAAUCAGUCCAACGGGAACCCGGCAUCUUUAGCUGGGAAGAAGAUUCUUGUACCUGGUCCUGGACAAGUUAUCCCAGAAAAGAAAGCAUGUUGUAGAUCUUGAGAUAUCGGGAUUCGGCGUUUCUUUUACUUAGGUGACAAUUUUAAUGAGUAUUAAUGUUUCAAAGUUUUACUGAUAGGAAUUCUUGAAAAUCUCAUGUAUUUGGUUGUAAAUUCAUGUUGUUUUUGUGAUGUUUCUGUGAAAGGAAAUGAUUAUAUUGUUCUC